ACUAACGGGCAGGAGAACGCGGUCAUGCCCUCGGCGGCCACCAAGAAGCCUUGAGAAGCUCGCAGCCCCAGGAACCGGACCAUCUGCACAGCCACACAGUCAGGGACCGCUAGCAAAGUUAACGAAAUGUCUGAAUGGAAAAUUAAAAUGCCGGCAGUCCCCGUUCUCUGCUUCCUCUCCUCUCCGAAGCAAGUCCCUUCCACGGCCAUGUCUCCCAGAAACUAGAGGAACGGGCCUCCUCGAGCCCGCUGGGCCCCCGGCGCCGCACUCGCCGCUUCGCGACUCUCACGCGGCGCCCGGAGGAUGGCGAUUGGCUCGGACUCGGAGCCGCCGCCCGGCCGGACCUGCGCCUGUCCAGCUGUGCCGCCUCCAGCCUGGCGCCGUCGGGCUGCGCGACCGGGACCACAGCCGCCGCCGCGGGGCAGCCGCGCAGGCGCAGCUCGUUCGCCGCAGCGCUUGGGGCCGCCCGUUCCCCGCCGACCGCGUCUCCAAGGCCGCCGACAGCCCGGCCUGGAAGCGGCUCCCGCCGCCGCAGACGUGCGGCGGAGCGUCCAGAGCGGGCCCCGCUUCAGGGGUGACGGCGACAGCGACGGCUCUGCGGGCCGGAAGUCUGGUUCUUCAGGCUGCCCUGGCCUCUGAGUGAGGCAGGGGGCGUCCCAAACUCUUCUAACUUCAUCAACGUCACGGAACCCAAUGCUCACCACUGCAAGGGACCAUGAACAUGCGUCUGUCUUCUCAGGAAGAAGGCUGCCUCUGACGCGUUGUGGCUCAUUGGUCCACACUGCGGCACCUGUGACCUAGAUGUGCCGUUAGCUCCACAAGUCCUGUUCCUCCUCCUCUUCUACAGCCUGCCAGCCUCCUGCGUGGAAACCCUGAGGCUGCCACCUUGUUGUGUGUGACUUGGCCCCGACCUCUGUGCAUGGCUCUUUCCCUUGCAUGCAACUUGCUCCUUGUGGAUCUUUGAGACUUACUCUUUUCCUGCCUGGAUUAAUUUUCCUCCAGAUGGUAUUUGUCAUAAUCACAGUGUCGUGUUCUUUGUGUGGCUUAAGUUACAGAACUGAUCCUAACGCUAAACCCUGUGACCUUAACAGCUCUGGACAUGCUGCAGGUCAUCUGAUUAGAGCAAAGCUGUUAAGAGAAAGAAGGUGGGAAGAAGGGGUGGCCUCUUCCCAUUUGGUUUCUUUUGUUCAAAUAAACACAUUUCUUGGAUAACAGUUCUUUCUCAAUUGCCAUUCCUUACUCAUCUGGAAAUUGGGGCUCGGUUUUGUCAAUCUCCACCUCUGUUAUAUGUGGUAU